AUGCUCUGCUUAUCCCGAGCUCUCAAGAAUUUAAGGGUCAAUUCUGCAAUUCGUUAUUUUUCUACAGCUCCAGAGAUGAUUAAAGUCGAAAAAAAAGAUAAGAUUUGCCUCAUUACUCUGAAUCGUCCAAAAGCUAUGAAUUCUCUAUGUUCUCAGCUUAUCACAGAAUUAAGUGCUGAACUCAAGCAAUGUGAUGAAGACCCAGAAGUCAGAGCCAUAGUCAUCACAGGCAGCAAAAAAUUCUUUGCAGCAGGUGCUGAUAUCAAAGAAAUGGAAGAAAGGACCUACCAAGAAAAUUUCGCCCAAAAUUAUUUAACUAAUUGGUUCAACGUAGCUGCCACAAGAAAACCUACAAUUGCAGCUGUUAACGGCUAUGCGUUAGGAGGCGGCUGUGAGCUUGCUAUGAUGUGUGAUAUUAUUUUGGCUGGGGAUAAAGCACAGUUUGGACAACCUGAGAUCUUAAUCUUAAUUAGCAGAUGGGAGUGGCCGUAUUGGUUAUGGAGUAGCCAAAAACCCUUGCAGAUUGGCAAGUUGCCUUUGACAAGCCUUGCUCCUUCUCUGGACCCUGAUGCCAUGGAAAUCCGGAGUAUCUUACACUGAGGGCAACUCCUCCUUGCCUUGUAUCCAGUGUUUAUUGGGCGAACUAUAGACUUAUGCGACCUUGGAUUGGGUGAUUGGGAGGUAUCUGAUCCAGGAAUAAAUUCUGGAGUCUAGAGUGUCUGCCCUCAGCAGCUACAGGGAAAGCCUUAAUCCCUUGGCUCCUGCCAAGCCUCCCAUUUAAGACUGAAGCCGCAAUGCAAGGAGGAGACAGAAGGUACAGAAAGUGGCAUCCACCUUUGGGGAAAGACCCUUGGGUUGGAUUCGAAAAGGGUAGAACUUCGUCCGGAAGAUCUUUGGUGACUGCGUCACCAAUUUGGCUAACUCCUGACUUUAAUAACCUAGCCUAACCCUGGGCUCCAGCCACGACCCUUGAUAUCUCGGUGAGAUCCACCUUCGUGUCUCGAAGGACGUUGCUAGUCAUCUCUUUCGAAUCUCAGAAACAAAGACAAAAACCCAUCCAGAUAUACAUAAACCCAAAUCGUACCUGAAUCUCAUCUGGUUUCUCACCAGUUUGCCUUGGCCAUAAGUCUGAAAAAUUGCGUCAAGAGGUCAGUACACUUAGAUCUCUAUUUUUAUGUAUGUCAGACAACUUGAGAUCAAGCUUGGGACCAUUCCUGGUGCUGGUGGUACACAAAGGUUGGUAAAAGCAAUUGGAAAAUCAAGGGCAAUGGAACUUGUUUUGACUGGAGACUUUAUGGGAGCACAAGAAGCUCAGCAAAGAGGACUUGUUUCAAGGGUUGUAGCUGAGGAUAAUUUGGUAGAAGAAGCUAUGAAUGUGGCUAAGAAAAUUGCUGGGUAUUCGCUACCGAUGGUUAUGAUGGCGAAAGAGUGUGUUAAUCAAUCAUUUGAGACAACACUGGCAACUGGUCUUUUAUAUGAGAGAAGAAUGUUCCAUUCAACUUUUGCAUACUUUGACAGAAGAGAAGGGAUGAGCUCAUUUUUGAACAAGAAGAAGCCAGAAUUCAAAGAUAGUUAA